AAGCAAAAAUUAAACACAACACUUGUGGAAAGGCGAGGUGCACACAGCUGGCCCUGCCUGGAGUAUAUAACGCAUGGAAUGACAGUGGCAGUGAAUGGAUCGCUGCGAAAACGCCCGACUGUUGCGCGCAGCUCCGUUAGGAAUAUAAUAAGUAUGAUUUUUCAUUGCAGGCGCAACUAAGUUUGAGGAGUUUCCUGCAACUUCAUGCUGGACAGAAUAUAAAGGGAUCGUCUGUGUAGUGCCUUCCAAACUUUGAGUUGCGUUUUUCUUUUUUGGAUACUCCAGGGAUUUUUUUUUUUUUUUUUUUUUUUUUUUUUUUUGUGUGUGUGAGAAAAGUUGGAGGGGAAAAAGUUGCAACUUGCUCUUUUAAAUACCACAUGUUGCUUCCCAAACAACCCACGGAUAUUUAUAACACCAUUUCAAGACAUUCUGGAUGCGAGCUGAACGCGCACAAGGACUUAUGACAUGCGGUUAUGGUGCCGUGGUGGCAGAAGUUAAAAUGAGGUCUUUUGGCGAGCAGUUGGUGCUCUCAGAAUGGCUCGGGAGGAUUCGGUGAAGUGUCUGCGCUGUCUGCUCUACGCGCUCAACUUUCUCUUCUGGCUUAUGGCCCUGUGUGUGCUGGGAGUGUCUGCCUGCCUCAGGGAUCACCUGAACAAUGUGCUCACCUUAACCGCGGACACCAGACUGGAGGAGGCAGCCGUUCUCACAUACUCCCCCGUCGUCCAUCCUGUCGUCAUCGCCGUGUGCUGUUUUCUAAUCAUCGUGGCUAUGGUGGGCUACUGCGGGACACUCAAGUGCAAUCUGCUCCUACUGUCUUGGUAUUUUGGCAGUCUGAUGGUGAUAUUCUGCGUGGAGCUGGCCAGCGGAGUGUGGACGUACGACGAGCCUAUGGUACAGAGAUCUGAUAUGAUAAGUCUAAAGUCACGUAUGCCUCAUUUCGGCCUGCAGCGCUACCAGUGGCUCACACAUGCCUGGAACUCUAUACAAACAGAGUUGAAGUGUUGUGGAGUGAUCUACUUCACUGACUGGCUGGAAAUGACAGAGAUGGAGUGGCCACCUGACUCCUGCUGCUCCAAUCAGUAUCCAGGAUGUGCCCGCCAUGCCCACUACAAUGACCUCAGUGACCUUUACCAGGAGGGUUGUGGACCCAAGAUCUACAGUUUUAUCCGGGGCACUAAGCAGCUGCAGGUGUUGAGGUUCUUGGGCGUGUCGAUCGGCGUGGCUCAGAUCUUAGCCAUGACGUUGACUGUGACACUCCUAUGGGCCCUCUAUUACGACCACAAACCACCUGACCCAGCAUCCCCGGAUGCUUUUAUCCAAACACACAGCCCCGCAGAAGACACUCAGAUGCCCAGCCACUCACAUCCACGAGCGCCUGAGGCCUGGGCCAACACGCCUGCUAAUGGACUCACCCAGUUUGAGAUGGAGCAACUUUCCUAGCAGUGACUUCAUGGUGACCCAUCAGCUACUUCAACACUGCGGAGACACUAAAAAUGAGGCUGAAUGGAUUGGACAGCAGUGAACUGGACCAGAAAAUGGACCUCGUGGAAUGUGAAGUAGUUCUGUGUGCCUGGAUAACAAGAUUUAGGGAGUGUGAACAGUUUUAUAGAAAACUUUAUAUACCUGUGGAUAAAGUGGCUUUUUGUGGUCAUCACAUAGAGGAUGAAGAGAAUUUACUGGGUUCUUCCUAAAUAAAGCCAUUGCCUCUG